CCCACCUGAAUUGUUGGAGACAAACCGCUGUCACUUUCCUCUGCCUAGAGUGAUUCAGCUACGCAAGAACUCCAAUGAUCAAAUUUUUAUAUGCUUUGAUAGAGGAAAACCCUUGGUGUUGAAUCGCCAUGUUAAACCCGGAUGCAAAUUCUCAAUUUCCCCAUGUUUGGGGAGCAGAUCCUUUGAGUAACCUUGUGAAUUGUGAUGAGUAACUCCAUGCAUAACUCAAUAAGAAUCUGCCACAUCAGCGCCUCCUUCUAUCUCCUGGAAAAUCAUUAAUUUUCUUUCCCUUAAUCUUUAACGGACGAUUUCUCACUCGUUUUAACUUAGAAUUUAAUUUUUUUGCACAGUUAGAUCAGAUUAAUUGUGCUCUUCAAAAUGAUAUCCACUUUGAUAUUUUAUGGAACAAAAAAAAUUUGCCAGUUAUUACCAGUCAAUACCAUAUGGUAUUGACUGGUAUUAAAUAACAGCAUACCAUAUGGUAUGAAAAAUACCACCUCAUACCAGGGUGGUAUAGUAAGGUAUGGAGUUGGUAACGAUUCAAAAUGAUAUCCACUUUGAUAUUUUUUGGAACAAAAAAAAAAUUUGCCAGUUAUUACCAGUCAAUACCAUAUUGUAUUGAGUGGUAUUAAAUAACAGCAUACCAUAUAGUAUGAAAAAUACCACCUCAUACCAGGGUGGUAUAGUAUGGUAUGGAGUUGGUAACGAGAGGUAUGAAAUUUUUCCCCCAUAAUAUUUUGAAAUCCAAUAGAUCAUAAUUAAAUCGUUCCUUUUGUGCAAAAUAUUUCGAAAAUGACUAAACAACGAAGGAGAUACCAUAUGGUAUGGAGUUGGUAACGAGAGGGAUGAAAAUUUUUUUUCUCAAAAAAUAAUGAAAAUGAAUAUCAUUUUGUAGAGCACAACGAACUCGUUCCAUCUGUGCAAAAAAAAUUGAAAUCCGAGUUAGAAUGAAGAAUAUAUGAUCUAAUUAAGAAAACUAGGGAAAAUAAAUUCUUUUAAUUUUCCACCCUUAGAUUUGCAGCCACUUAAAAGAAGAGUCCAAAUUUAGUUACUCAUUGUUACUCACCCUAUCUUGAGCUCUGUUUGGUAUAAAAGACUGCGCCUUUUAAAACUAAUUAUGGUGGAGAUUGAGGUUUUUUUUUGUAAACGAAGAACGAACCAGCAAUAUGAGAAUAGGGGACUCGGGAGGCAAUUGGUGAUCGUCGCCGGAAACCCAAUCGAGAGCCGCGCCGCCGCCGUCCUUGGUGCGGAGGCACUCUCGCUUGAAUCUUAUGUCCGGGGUGGAGUGGAAGAAGGAGGGAAUGAUGGUCUCCACAUGGCGGUUGGAGGCGAUGAUUGGGUAAGCAUCAGGGAUGGUGAAUCGUUUUCAAAGCCGGGAGGAACAACCCCCGCCCGCCGCAGCCGAUGUCUUCGAGUGAAGGGUGGGGAGGAGAGGAAAAGUGUGAUCAGCCAUGGGAUUACUGGCUUGGACGGCGAGGAUUGUUUUGGGAGAACUUCGGAGAUUGCGGAAUGGGAAUAAUGAAGUAGGGAAGGAAAGUGACCGUGGUUUCUUCUUCCCUGCCAUUGGUUCUUGCUGGUAUGGGGACGGAGGAAAACCCGGAGGAAAAUCCUUGGGAGCUGAAUCACUCUUGGGCCUUGGCAGAGGAAAGUGACCGUGGUUUUUUCUCCAAUAAAUCGGGUAGAGUUUUCUGUAGGGUUAUCAGUUUAAUUGGAUUUGGUCAUUAAUUUAUUUAUUGAUAUUUUAAAUGAUGUGGCGUGCUGACUGGACGGAAGUAAUGGUUUUUUUGGAUGGAAAUGGACGGAAUUACCUUUUUGUACAAAGUGAAUAGUUUUGUGACCAUUUAUGAUAAUUACCCGGGGUUUGGUUGUCUAGUAGUUCACAAAUGGUUGUUUCUUGGGGAACUUCUUGUUACUAUAUAUAACAUGAAGUUGAACUACCGUUGCAUAACUAUUUAAAAUUUGAUACCUAAAUUUAAUUAAAUCACAACUUAGUCACUAUAAUUUACAUUUUAUAUUUUGAUAUCUCAAAUUUAAAUUUAAACUUAAAAUCAUUGAACAAUUAUGUUUUGGUAUCUAAAUUUUAUAAGAUUUUCGUACCUACUAUUUUUAAAAUUUACAUAUUAAAUCCAUAAAUUCAAUCCACCAAUUCUUUUGAACCAAUCCAUGAAUCCAAUCAAUCGUAACAUAAAAGUAUAAAUUUAGUCUGUACAAUACAAGAUGUUGUACCACUCAAUUGUAGGAGAAGAUUCAACCAUUUUAUAUUUGCUCAAUUGUCAAUAAAUUGCUACGGUGAAAAGGCUUAACUGUUGUAUUGACAACCAACUAAAAGAAUUUAUCAAAACAUUCCAUCAUCUACUUCCUUUUCAUUUUAUUUUUCUUCGCCUUCCAUAACCCUUUCUUUAUUUCUUUCUUUGCUUUUUUUUGUCUAACCCUAAUUAGUAUACUAUUUUUAUAUAUUCUAAUCACAAGUAUCAACGGGUCCACACACGACUCACUAACAGUCUAGAGAAUUAAUAAUUGAACCAUGAACCACUAACUUUUUCCAGCUCAAUGUCGAGUCCAAUAAAAAUAAAUAUAUAUGGUUAUUACUUAUUAGAAAUUCGUCAUUUUCGAGUUUCCACAAUGAGAUUUGAAAGCGCGGAAUUUUAAGCGAGUUCCAGUUUGUCUUCCUUUUGCUUCUCUCUAGAGGUUUUCUUUUUCACCCGUGCUAGAAUUUUCAACUAUUAUACUUGGAAUGUUUGGCUAGGUAUCUACACAUAUAAAAUAAAUAGUUUCUAUUUUUCUAUAAAAAGAUAAAUAAUUAUCAUCUUAAAUACAUCAUUAUAAAAAAAAUUAAGUUUCAACUAUGAAAAUUACAGUUCGGUACCGAAACUUAAUAAAUCUUUAUAUUUAUAACCUAAAUUUAUUUUUUUAGCAUAUAAGUCCUCAAAACAUUUAUGGAAUAUUAAAAUUUUAGCACCUAAAAUUUUUGUGUAUUACAUUUUGGUAACUAAACUUUUGAAGUUCUACAGAUAAGUCUGAUUUUUGUACGUGUAAUUAAAUCACCCUUAAAUAAAUGGGUAUCCAUACCCAACUCAUAAAAUUUAAAUUAUGGAAGUAAAUAUCCAUACCCUACCCAAACCCAUCUACGAACUUCCAACCCCAUAUAUUACUAAAAAAACUGCUAACAAAAAAAAAAAAAAAUUUAGGCAAAUAAUACAAAACAAAAUAUCAUAACGAGCCACAUAAUACAUGCCCAUAGGCCAUCCCCACUCCGCGACAAGGCGCGGCAUCGCCACCUAGUUCAUUUUUAAACCGAAUCAUUUCCUUCUGCUUUCACAUUUCACUAAAACUAGGGGAGUUCAGCCGUGCUAAGCUGUGGCUUUAGAUAGGCUUUUUGCUUUGCUGUUUGCAAGCCCAUGUACCUUCGUAUAAUUUUUUGCUUUGCUGUUUGCAAGCCCAUGUACCUUCGUAUAAUUUUUUUUUGCUUUGCUGACUUGACAUUUUCACAUAAUAAACAUUCUGGUUAAAC